AUGGUCCCGCACCACCCGGCGGCCAACUCCAACGCUAUAAUGAACUCCCCUCCAGGCGCCACUUCAGCGAAUAAAGCCAAAUCUGGCAUCUCCAUGCCGGGUGUCCGGGCACAGAUCAAGCGUGGCCGAACUGGUUGCUUUACCUGUCGACGGCGACGAAAGAAAUGUGAUGAGACCAAGCCACAAUGCAUUGGUUGUCUCCGGAGUGGUUACAUCUGCGAGGGAUAUCCCGCUAUCGUCAGAUAUGAAGAACAUAAAACCAAGAGACUAUCUCAAAGUCAAAGCCAGUCGCCUGAAGGUCAGGCUCAAUGUCCAAGUCAGAUUCCGGCACAGACGUCGCCGGCGAUACACAAUGUCAAUUCGGCAGCGACUGUCGCGCAACAAACAACGGUAGAGGGCAAUGACGCCUUUCUCCACUGGUUUCUUCCGGAUGAUACCACGGACAAUUUCGGUGUCAUGGUCAAUUAUGGCAAUUCCAAUCUGUCCACGGCCAUGGACGGGUCGAUCAUGGAAUAUCCUCAAAUGGACACGGCAACUUCGACGCUACAACAACAACUAUCGUAUCAACUUCAGCAACGGCAGCAGAGCUCAGAAGCAGAAAUUCCCCGAAGUAUUCCCUUCCUGAUAAACGGCGUCGAUUCGCGGACCGAGCAAAAGUUCUUUUUUCACUUUACAAACGUGACGUCACGCGUGCUCACUAUUUCCAACAACGAGAAGAAUCCUCUGUUGACGAUCGUGCUGCCUCGUAGCCUCGACGACCCCAUGAUAUCCAAGGCCAUCGCGUGCUUGGGAGGUUCUCAUCUCGCUAACCUACAGCCCGAAUCAGAACUACAGACACAAGCCGAGAAAAAUCGCAUCCUGAAGAACGCGGUCACUCAACAAACGGCUCGGAUGAUGGCCCUGAGAGCCUCGGGCCCAAGACAAACCAGCGCCGAAUUCGAAGCCAUACUGACCAGUACACUUUUGUUAUGCCUCUACGAGAUUUCCGAGGGAUCGGGUAAUCUGACAUGGCGCGUCCGACUCGAUGAAGCGCGAGACUUAAUCCAAGAUGCUCUGAGAGUAUCAUGCCGCGGCAAUCACGACAUGUCUUGUUCUCUACAGGCCCUGUCGUCCCUGGGCAUCGACCAAUUCCUCCUCGACUUCUUCGUCUACCACGACAUUCUGGCCGGGGUGACCGACCCAAUGCACCAGCCGCUGCUAAAAUCGACGUUGCGUGCCUCCUCCCAGACUGAAGAUGAAGUCUACAUGAUUGGCGUCGACAACGGGCUCUUUGACUUGAUCGCGCAGAUCGUCGGGCUACGUUCCAGCGCCCGAACUCACGGCCGGUCCAACCCCGUCGUCAUCUUCGAAGCCAUCCAGAUCUGGGAAGCGCUGGAUGCUUGGAAACCCAACACGGACGACCGUGACCAGACGCUUGCGUUCUCCGCGUACACGUCCGCCCUGUUUGUCUGGCUCUACUCCAUUAUCUACCCGGAUAACAUAGGCGACGACAAGGUGAAAAUAGCCGUCCGGAACGGGCUGGACAACAUGCACCAGAUCCAGGCCAGAGGUGUUCUGGCUUUUUUGCUCUUUCCCGCUUUUGUCCUGGGCAUUGCUAGUGUCACGCCCGAACAUCGCUCCGAGAUAUCAGCCGUGUUUGAGCGGUUGAGGAAUUUCAGUGCCCUGGGCAAUGUCAAGCUGGCAUAUGAGGUGGUGAAACGGUCCUGGCUGGAUUAUGGGAGGGGCAUACCUCGAUCGUGGGAUUGGAUUCAACAAAUGGAGGUGAACAGAAUUAGUCUGCCUGUCACUUGA